AUGGGACGUACUGGAAAGAAGGCCGCACGGGCCAAACUGCAGAGAACCUCAGCCCAGGGCAAGUUCGUAUCUGGGCCAACCCAGUGUGACGGCGAAUCAGACUAUGAAGAUUCUGGCAGUGACAGUGAUGCCAGUGUGUCAUCGACUGGUUCUCUCACAGUUGCAAGGCAGUUGUAUGCGAAAAAGUUUUCUGUGCAACAGAACCCAAUGAAGCGCAUGCAGCCCGUGGUGUACACAAAAGAUUCUCGAGCAACUUUUUACCGCCAUAAAGCACACUGGAAAAAGGCAGCUGAAGACUGUGCGAAGCUCGAGAGAUUUGGCUUCUCACGCGACACCACUCUAAUGCGCAAGGACGCCGUUUACAAUCCCGAGACAGAAGAUGUCGAUGUUGAGGGUUGGUAUGACAUUGAGGAAGCCAUAACCGACAUGGAUCUGAUGGAGUUUUGCAUCUCCCGCACUGAAUCUGGCCCUAUCGAGGAUGAUAAAUUCGAUGAACAGGAGCUUCAGAAUACCCAAAAGGAUCUUGCAGAAGCAGUAGCCGGAGAAGAUGAAGAUCUUGCCAAUGAUGAAGCCAUGCAUACAGCAGAAGUCGAAGCAGCUCGCGAGUGGCUUGUCCUCGAUGAUGAUGACAGUGCUCCGUCCCAAAAAAACAUAUUCGAGAUUGUCAAGACCUGUCUCAAGGAAGUAAAGUGGCUCAAAACAAGUAAAACAGUCAAAAUGAUGACUCAACUUACUGCUGUCACCGAGUACGCUGUAAAGACCCUAGCUGUAUGCCGGUGA